AUGCCCAACUACAUUAUUCGGCUCUACAAGGACUCAGAUUAUGAUGCAGUCCGAGAUAUCUUUUCCCGAGGCAUUAAAGAACACACCAAGACCGCUUUCUUUCACACUCUCAGUCUCCCUCACAUCUGGGCUUUCCUGCUGGCCGUGUUUUUGGUUCUCCUACAGGUGAUGGGGUCUUACCUCCUCUCCAGCAUGGCGGUGUCUCUCAGCGUGGCAGCACUAUGGCUCCUAAACAGAUAUAUCUAUGCUACUUAUGUUGCAGAUAGCCUGGCUACUGACAUGAUGAAUAUCCGGAAAUAUUACUUAGAGCAGGAUGGUUACUGCUUCUGGGUCGCUGAGUUGGCGGGGGAAAUUGUGGGGAUGGUCGCUGCCAUUCCUCCAUAUCCUCCCACUGGAGAAAACCAGGUGGAGCUUAAGAGAUUGUCAGUUCCCAUGAAACACAGAGGGAAAGGGAUCGCUAAGGCCUUGUGUAGCACAGUCAUUGACUACGCCCGGAAGAGAGGCAGUAGUGCGGUGGUGUUAAGCACCUCCUUGUCUCAGAGUGAUGCCUCAAUGUUAUAUCUAAAGAUGGGCUUCAGAAAAACCAACACCGAAACCAAUGAACCAUUUAUAAUUGCAAAAUUUAUUGACUUCAGAAUACUGUAUUACCAAUAUGACAUUCCCACUCAGAGAUAA